AUGACACAAACUAUCAAUACAGAUUUAAUGUUACGAAUGAGUACGUUAAAUUAAGAGUUUAAUUUGUUAGCAACAAAUACUAAUUUGUUUAUGAGAACAAUUAAAGAUGAAUUGUUAUAAUAGCAAUAGGAUAAUUAAGCUAGUCGAUAAAUCUGUGAUCUUAAUACUUAAGUAUAAAUUUAUUGUAAAUAGAGUGUUAGUGAAUUGAGAUGGCAUUUGGAUUAACAGGUAGGUAAUCUUUAUAAGAAAUAUGAGGAAUAAGUUAAUGAUAAAAUAAAGGAAUUUGAAAGCAUUUAAAAAUAAAAAGAAAUUUCAGAAUAAAAUAGAAUAAAAGAAUUAGAGUAGAGAUUUAACCAAUAUGAUGAGAUAAUUAAAGAAUUAGAUAAAAAAUGGGAAUCUAAAUCUAACGAUCGUUAUAUAGCAAGCAUUAUUCAAAAAAACUUAUUAACAAACCAAAAUAUAGGGUAAUUUAUUGUUGAUAAAGUAUUGAAAUUAACAGAUGAGCAUGUUUAAAAUAAAAUAAAUGAACUUCAAAAGUUGAUUGAUGAAAGAAUAACAAAUUAAUUUCUUUAAAUAUCUAAUUAUUAAAUUCAGAUAAGAAAAUGCGAAUCAAAAUUUGAAGAAUUAUAAAAUCAAUUACACAUAUAAAAAGAGUUUUAGAUGGAUUUUUAAAAAUCUUAAUAACAAAAACUAAAAGUUUUAUCCCAUCAAAAUUCUUUAUUCAAAGAAGUUAUUUAAUAAUAAGUUCAUAAGUAAUACUCUAUAAUAUAAUUAGUCUAAUAGAAUAAUUAGAAUCGAAUAAGACUAAUAUUAAAGAUCUAAAUGAAUAAAUGACCAAACAACUUGAAUAAGUUUCUAUUGGCAAAAUUGAUAACAAUGAAUAAUUAAUGCAGAUUAUUAUAUAAGAGUAACAUAAAAUAAGAGAACUUGAGUUGAAGUACGAUUUGAUAUUUUAAAAUGAGAAUGAAAAUAAAUUAAAAUUGGAAUAAAUGCAAUAGGAUUACAGUCAAUAAAAUUAAACAGCAUUAAAUUAAAUUAAUACAAUGGAUAGUGAAAUGAAAAAUAUUAAUUUUGCAAUUAAUGGAAUCUAUGAAAAAAUGAAUACUAUUACUUUAAAUCCUUAAACAGCAUAAGAGCCUAAACAACUUGAAAAACCAUAAGAUAAAUUUAAACCAUUAUUAAUAAGUUAAAAAAUUUAAAAGUAAUUCAGUUUAAAAGAAUAAAUCGCAUAAAUUGAAAUCUUAUUUCGACAUGUUUAAUUAUUAUUCAGUCAUAUCUGUAAAACUUACAAGAAUGAAUAAAAAAUUGAAUUACAGAAAUAAAAAUUAAAAUCAGAGCUUACAAGAAACAAUUCAAAUGAAUAAAUUCAUUCUGAUAUCGAUCAUCCUUAAUAUGUAUUUUAACAAUAUAUGCAAUAAUAAAAAUAAGAAUAAUCAUAAAAGCCUGAAUCAUUAAAAAUUGAGUAACCUUAACCUUAGUAAUAAACAUUAAACCCUUAAAAUUAACUGAAGAUUAAUAUUCAACCUGUAUAUUAAGGUCAUGAUGAUUAUUUUGGAGAUACAAGAUUAUAUUUUCAUACAGCCUUGAAACCUCUAUAUAUUUAAGGGAAAUGUAAGAAUUUGAAUUAAAGAUAGAACAUGCAAUUGACAUUCGACCAUAAGUUGAAAUGCAAUAGUUAUCAGCAAAGGUGAAACAAAUGGCAAAUUUAUUUUGUGAUUCAGAUUUAAGACAAUAAUUAUUUGAAAAUAGCUAAAGUUUUAGACCUGGAUCAGGAAAGAAAAGAUUACCAAAAAUUAAUUCAAAAAGUUUUAAUAUUUCAAACGAUGAUUAAUGA